AUGCGACAGAAAGAUGGAGUGCCACAAGAUCAAGAGCAGAAUGAUGAUGAGGAUAAUGAUUUACUGCUCGUCAGUGCCUGGGCUGGCAUCAGUACCACUAGCCUCACGGGUCGAGUCUCCCCAAGUAAACCUGAAGCAUCCGAUUUGUGUCAGGCUAGAGUGAUGGCCUCAUCAUUUCACUCUACGCGGACAAGCCUUUCAGGCGGUGGUGCUGACGACCUAAACACUUUUCGGGACCCCGAAGGUGAUUGUAUCGAUGCUUCAAUUCACAAUUCUGAAGUGCACUUGGAUCGUUCAGGAAUCACUGGUGACGGUGGUACACCGGACGAGUUUUCCACAGUCCCUCAGUCUCAUUGCGCGACUAGACGUGCCACAACCAGCCUCCCGCUCUCUGAUACUCGUCGGAGUGAGAGCCCCGCUCGUGGAGAUAGUUCUGAAUUUCAGACUGCUUCGGAAUCAACCCACUCUUCUGCUGACCGAUCCUCUGAGCCUCCUCCUGGUAAUCUUAUUCUCUAUUCCAUAUUCUUCUACUUUUCUUAA